CAAUGCUAUGCUUGAACUUUUACAGUUUCGACUUUCGAGUUUCGACGAUUCGCCAACCGUCUCCGUCUCCAAUGGCAUUCGCCGUUCCUUCGCUUCUCGCCUUCAUCGUCGUCUCUUGUUCUCUUCUCCUCGCCGAGGCGUCGCCAUCGCUACCCCCCGCGGCGUUGCCACAGCUACCUUCCACGGCGUCGCCGGUAACGUCACCUGCACCGACCUGCACCGAUGAACUCGUUUUAUUUUCUCCAUGUCUGUCUUACGUUGCAUCUCCGCCUAACGAUCUUGCCGACGCCGCCUCUGCCAACUGCUGCAAUGCCUUCUAUGCCGCCGCCGAAUCCGGCGUCGCUGUUUGCUUCUGUUAUCUUCUUCGGGAGCCUCCGAUCCUAGGCUUUCCUCUUAACAGUAGCAGACUUCUUUCACUGUCUUCGGAUUGUCCUCUCGCUAAUGGCGAAUCUGCUGGAGCUCUGUCAAUGAAUUCUCUGUGUUCAGAAUCGCCGGCUCUUCCUCCUUUGAACUUCUCUCCAACUUUAGGGCUCACAGUUCCUUCUGCUUCUAGUGGGUCUGGAAGGGCGACAUCUUCUCAGGCGAAAAUACCAUCUAAGGGCACCGCAGCCGGUGGCGGAGCCAGAGGGGGCACUGGUGGCAUCGGAGGUGGUGGAGCCAGAGGCGGUUCCUCCGGUAGCCGUGGCGGUAAUGGGGCAAGGACAAGGCCAGGUGGAGGAUGGAAUCCUCAUGGAGUGAUAGGAGGAGCAGGGCACCACCACAGUGACAGUUCAUCAAAGACUCAGAUAUGCAGGAACACAAGGUGGCUACUACUUAUAACGUUACUUUUUCUGCUUAUGACGUACAUGUGUGCUCCUGAUCUUGCUUAGUUAGCUAAUCUUCAUUCAUUUCCAUGUCAUUACUCUCAAUAAUUGAACCAAUCACGUGUAUUAGACUUAGUUCUUUUUUUUUUUUUGGGGCAAAUUAGACUUAGU